GGGCCGCCGCCGCUGCUGCUGCUGCUCUGGCUGCUGCCGGGUCUCGCGGCGCCCCAGGAGUUGAACCCGCGAGGCCGCAACGUGUGCCGCGCGCCCGGUUCCCAGGUGCUCACCUGCUGCGCUGGCUGGAGGCAGCUGGGGGAUGAGUGUGGGAUCGCGGUGUGUGAAGGCAAUUCCACGUGCUCAGAAAACGAGGUGUGUGUGCGGCCAGGCGAGUGCCGCUGCCGACAUGGUUACUUCGGUGCCAACUGCGACACUAAGUGCCCGCGCCAGUUCUGGGGCCCCGACUGCAAGGAGAGGUGCAGUUGCCACCCGCACGGACAGUGCGAGGACGUGACCGGACAGUGUACGUGUCACGCGCGCCGCUGGGGUGCGCGCUGCGAGCAUGCGUGCCAGUGCCAGCAUGGCACGUGCCACCCGCGGAGCGGCGCGUGCCGCUGCGAGCCGGGCUGGUGGGGUGCGCAAUGCGCUAGCGCGUGCUACUGCAGCGCUACAUCAAGGUGCGAUCCACAGACCGGCGCCUGCCUGUGCCACGCAGGCUGGUGGGGCCGCAGCUGCAACAACCAGUGCGCCUGCAACUCCUCGCCCUGCGAGCAGCAGAGCGGCCGCUGCCAGUGUCGCGAGCACACGUUCGGCGCACGCUGCGAUCGCUAUUGCCAGUGCCUCCGCGGUCGGUGCCACCCGGUGGACGGCACGUGCGCCUGCGAUCCGGGCUACCGGGGCAAGUAUUGUCGCGAGCCAUGCCCCGCUGGCUUCUAUGGCCUGGGCUGUCGCCGUCGGUGUGGCCAGUGCAAGGGCCAGCAGCCAUGCACGGUAGCCGAUGGCCGUUGUGUGACCUGCGAACCAGGCUGGAACGGAACCAAAUGUGACCAACCCUGCGCCACAGGUUUCUAUGGCGAGGGUUGUGGCCACCGCUGCCCGCCCUGCCGCGACGGGCAUUCCUGCAACCACGUCACCGGCAAGUGUACGCGCUGCAAUGCGGGCUGGAUCGGCGACCGGUGCGAGACCAAGUGCAGUAACGGCACUUACGGUGAGGACUGUGCCUUCGUGUGCUCUGACUGCGCCAGCGGCCACUGUGACUUCCAGUCCGGGCGCUGCCUUUGCAGCCCUGGUGUUCACGGACCUCACUGUAAUGUAACGUGCCCGGCCGGGCUCCAUGGCGUGGACUGCGCCCAGGCCUGCAGCUGUCACGAGGAAUCAUGCGACCCGGUCACCGGUGCCUGCCACCUGGAGACCAAUCAGCGCAAAGGUGUGAUGGGCGCGGGCGCGCUGCUCACUCUGCUCCUCGGCCUGCUGCUCUCGCUGCUCGGCUGCUGCUGCGCCUGCCGGGGCAAGGACCCGGCGCGCCGGGAACUCUCGCUGGGAAGGAAGAAGGCACCCCAACGCCUUUGCGGGAGCUUCAGCCGCAUCAGCAUGAAGCUGCCCCGAAUCCCGCUUCGCAGACAGAAGCUGCCCAAAGUCGUAGUGGCCCAUCAUGACCUAGACAACACGCUCAACUGCAGCUUCCUGGAGCCGCCCUCGGGGCUGGAGCAGCCCUCUCCAUCGUGGUCCUCCAGGGCUUCCUUCUCCUCCUUCGACACUACCGACGAAGGCCCUGUGUACUGCGUGCCCCACGAGGAGGCGACUACCGAGAGCCGAGACCCAGAAGCUGCUGCUCCGGCGGAGGUGCCCGCUCCAUCCCUAGCGCCCACGAGCACCCCGGCGCCCGCGGAGGAGGCAGCGGCUCUCCCCGCGUCCUCAGACAGCGAGCGCUCGGCGUCCAGCGUGGAGGGGCCCGGGGGCGCGCUGUACGCGCGUGUGGCAGCGGCCGCUGCGGCUGCGACCGCGCCCGAGACCCCCCGGAAGAAGACCCCCAUCCAGAAGCCGCCUCGGAAGAAGAGCAGGGAGGCGGCGGCGGGGGAGCCGAGCAGGGCCGGGGCGACGCCCGCAGCUUCCUAG